UCUUCGGGCUGCUCGACCGUCCGUCCGUCCGCGGUCGCAACUCGAUCAGUGAUAAGGUGUGUUGGCGUCGCGCCGCCAGUCAUAAGUUACGAUUCGUAACGCGUUACUCGUGCUGCCUUGUGCUCGCUCGCGUCACCGUCAAUUGUCCCGUCUUGUGAACCCUCCGCUCAAGAGGUGCAAUCCGUCGCCGUGUUCCGUCCGACCGUCGCCCCGCGAUGGAAGUGGUCAACGACAAUUUCUACCAGCUGUUGCCGGAGAUCGAGAGGGCUGUGGACGAGUGCACGUUCAUCGCGAUCGACGGCGAGUUCACCGGUCUCCACAACGGCACCAUGGUCAGCGUGUUCGACACGGCCGCGCAGUACUACCAGAAGCUCCGGAACAACUGCAUGGACUUUUUGAUGGUCCAGUUCGGUUUGUGCGCGGUGAAAUACGAUGCGGACAGGAAAAAGUUCACCUACAGGGCCUAUAAUUUCUAUACGUUUCCUAAACCUAUGAGUCGAUACGCCCCGGAUUGCCGAUUCCUCUGCCAGUCUUCCAGCAUGGAAUUUCUGAGCAAUCACAAUUUUGAUUUUAACAAACUGUUCAAACAUGGAAUUCCUUUUCUUACCGGACCCGAUGAACAGGUUUUACGUGAAGAAUUGCUUAAUCGAUAUAAGCAAAGUUGUUCACAGACUCAAACUCCAUCGAAAAUCUCUGAUCUAAUACUUAUACCUGACAAUCAUAAAGCAGAUGUAGAAUCGGCUUGUGAAAAAGUUAAAGAACUGAUAGAGAAUGAAAACCGCACUGAAGUCAUUAUUGCAGAGAAAACUAACUCUUUUGUUCGAAAACUUAUUUAUCAGGAAGUUAAUCGAAGAUACUCCGAUGCUAAAAUAAGUUUACAACCCAAAGUCAUAGAAGAUAUGGGAAGUGUAAUGAUAGCUUACAAAGGAAGGUCAAAAGAGUUAAUGGCAAAAGAAAGGAUGGAUCGAGAACAAAUUGAAUUAGAAAAAGCUGUUGGAUUUUCAGCUGUUUUGAAAAAAAUUAGUAAAUCUAACAAACCUGUAAUUGGUCAUAACAUGACAUUAGAUGUUUGUCAUAUGAUCCAUCAGUUUUGUAUACCAUUACCUACUAGUUAUAAUGAAUUUCAAGAUAUUGUUAAAAUGAUAUCACCUCGAUUAUUGGACACCAAGUAUAUUAGUUGUACAGAACCACUCAGGGACUUCUUUAGUUCAACCAUAUUAAAUGAUUUAAACAAAACGUUACUAGAACAGUGUCCAAAUUAUUCAAUUUUAGAGCCUGAAGUACCUGAAGUGGGCUAUUCUAGUGAUGCAAAUAAUUUGCAUGAUGCUGGUUUUGAUGCAUAUUUGACCAGUUCUGUUUUUGUUAAUCUGUGUAAUUUAUAUGCCAAGGUGAGAGGUAUUAAAGAACAAAUUUGUACGGAUUUAUCUCUGCUUAAAUCAUAUCAAAAUAAGCUUUAUAUGAUUCGAUACAAUGAAGAUCCAUGUUUAAAUUUGAAUGGUCCUGAACCUAAACUACAAAGGAGCCAUGUUUAUCACAUUACAUUCCCACCUGAGUGGAAAACUAUUGAUAUUACAAAUAUAUUUAGCCCCUUCACUAAUGUGUUCAUAAAAUACAUAAAUGAUACAUCUGCCUGGGUAGCAUUAAAAGAUGGAUCCCAAGCAAAAGCAAUGAAUAAAAUUUUACCUAAAUUACAAAGUAUUCACAAGAAUAUUGUGUUAUUACCUUGGUCCGAUUACUAUAAAAAUAAAAAUACUGCAGCAACAACAUUAAAGAGAAAAAUUGAUGAAUGUUUGUCAUCUAAUGAGAACAAUGUAGAUUCAUCCAUAGUAAAUGAUGGAUGUGCAGUUGAUGGUCAGACACCAGAAAAAGUUCUGCUUAUUUCAAAAGGCCAUAAAGUGUCGACAGGUGAUAAUGUUAAUCCAAUAUUAGAAGAUAAAUCCAUUGACUUAGAUGUUAACUCAUCAGUUGUACCCAACAACAGUACUGUUGAUUCAAAAAAUGACAGAGCGACACAGAGCUAUACUCAAACGUUAAAAAUGAAAAAAUCUGCAGAAACCACUGAAUUAAAAACUAUUUUUCCAGUUGCUUCAUGGGAUGAAUAAUAA